GUUUAUAAAAUUCACUUUGGACCAAAAGCAACUGUUGUUGAAGGAGAAUGCCAAUUCUUCUCAUUUAUAGAACGUUGUUUCUAUUGUUUUGUCUUAUGGUUAUUCUCUACUGUACUUUCUUAUUCAAAACUGAAAAAGUUACUCUUUUCAUUCAAACAGGCUGUAAACGUUUAUCUAUUACCUAUUUGCACUUGCUGAAAACGAAACCUGUUCUCACCAAAGCAAUCACCAGUCUUUUCCUUUUCUCUACAAGUGACUUGUUCGCACAAUGUAUUACUGAGAGAAAACUGAAUGGGAAGAGGAUAUUCCGAUUUGCGUUAUGGGGAGCUUGUGUGGGUGCCCCUUUAUUGCAUUUCUGGCACUCCUUUAUAGAGUUGUUUCAACCAUCUUCUUCUCAUUGGAGAGCAUUGUGUUCUGUUGUCAUAGACCAAGGCUUUAUGACUCCUGUAUAUACCAUUUUGUUUUUUAUUUAUGAUGCUGUAGCUUCUGGAAAUCCUCUACGUGUGGGGAUCCAAAGGGCAAAGACUUGUAGUAGUUCUAUUAUUUGGAAAACUUGGGUAUUUUGGUAUCCUGCUCAGUUUCUUAAUUUACGUUUUAUUCCUGUGGAUUUAAGAGUAGCUUAUAUCAAUGCAGUGAACAUUGGCUGGAAUAUGUACUUUUCAUAUAUAACCAAAUCACCUAACCAUACUAAAGAAUGUGGCACAAGCAUUUGUCAACGUAUGAUGAUGAUGAGUCAACAAAGAGGAGAAUGUUCACUUUGUUUUGUGGUAAUCGUGCAUAAACGAUGGAUUGCUAAAAAGACUUGUCUUUAUUCGUGGAAGUAUAAACGGUCACUCGUGAAUACUUCGUCGUUGCGUGAUUGUUGUUUUUCAGUGAUAACUUGUUCCAGUCUUUCUAUUCAGGAACCUUUAUCCAUCACAGCUUUCAAUCAAGCCAAUACUCUAUUUGAACAAAACUGUGCAGCUUGUCAUAAUAACGGUGGGAAUAUAAUAUUUUAUGCUAGGAAUAAAACGCUGUUUCCAAAGGCACUUGAAAAGAAUGGAUACUUGAACAAGGAGUCCAUCAGUGACUUGACCAAACAAGGAAAGGGCGCUAUGCCUGGUUAUGCGAACAAACUCAACGAUGAAGAAAUAAGUUUACUAUCCGUAAGUUGUCUAUGGAUAUUUCUAGUGGCUGUAACAAGGUAUUCUUCUUCAGGACUACAUCUUGCAAAGAGCUGCUGAGAAUUGGAAAUGAAGGAAUAUAUUACCUACAAGAAUAGUUAUAUAUUGGGAAUAAACAAGGGACACUAGGAGAGUUGUCUAUAAAUUCAGAAAAACACAUAUGAUUCCGGAUAUGUUGGAAUUCCUCACUCGUUAUGAUUUUCGGUAGAGGGAGCUCCAUAACUUC